GCGCUGUUACCCCGGUGCACCCUCAUCAAAGCGUUAACUCAGCCCUGUCCUUUUGACCAGGGAGGGGGAAACAAGUUGAUCUUUGGUCUGGGGUAGGGCUUAUGGUUGUGCAAUUAAAAAAAUAACCACACACACACACACACACACACACACACACACUGGAAGGCAACUGGUGAAAGUUUAUAACCCCCCCAAGGAAGACUGUAGCUUUACACGGAAUAGGGCCGACCUUUGCUGGGGGUCCAGGUAGCUUCAGGAGCAGAGAACGAUCACGACAUCUCCAGGCUCCAGCGACCAGCAGCAUGAAGUUUGAGAACCUCCUUGCGGAAAUAAAUGGCUUUGGGAAGUAUCAGAUUCUGCUUUUUCUCUUGCUGCUUAUUCCACGCUUCACCCUGCCCUGCCACUUCCUACUUAACAUCUUCAUCGGCGCCGUGCCGUCCCACCACUGCGACAUCCACGUCCUGGAUGAUGGGGAAGUCUUUGAGAACUUCACUCAGGAGCAGAGGAUGAUCGUCUCUAUUCCGGCUGAGGAAGAUGGCAGUCCAAGUUCAUGCCAGAUGUUCUCACAGCCCCAGUUCCAUCUCCUACAUGGAGUCUCCAACGCUACAGCAGAACCUGCUGUUCCGUGUCAGAAUGGAUGGGUCUAUGACACCGGCACCUUUGCUUCCACCAUAGCGACUGAGUGGAACCUGGUCUGUGCCAGGAAAGGCAUAAGCAAGGCCACCGCCACCAUCUUCUUCGUGGGGGUCAUGAUUGGAUCUGUGGUUUUCGGGAUCCUUUCUGACAAGUUUGGCAGGAGACCCCUGUUGCUGGUGUCCUACGUGUCAUCUAUCGUGUUCGGGCUCACCAGUGCCUUCUCCAGCUCCUACGUCAUGUUUGCCAUCACAAGAUUCUUCACUGGAUUCGCGCUCACUGGAAUCAGCAUCAUCUCUAUUGUUCUCAGUGUCGAGUGGGUCGACAUUGAGCACAGAACCUUCAUCGGGGUGUUUGGGAGCAUCUGCUGGAGCGUGGGCAAUAUGAUCCUGGCGGGAAUAGCCUACGCUGUUAAUGACUGGAGGCCCCUCUUGAUAACUGUGACUGUUCCUCUGGUUUUCUCAGUUAUUACCUGGUGGUGGAUUCCAGAGUCAGCCAGGUGGUUGAUAGCCAACGGGAAGGUGGAGAAGGCUCACUUCUACCUGCAGAAAUGUGCAAAAUGUAACAGGAAGGCAGAGGUCAUCGCAAACAUCAAGUCAGAGGCCCUCCUCAGCAUUAUAAAUGUCCAUAAUGAAGAUAAAAGCUAUACCUAUCUUGAUUUAGUUAGAACCCCAAAGAUGAGGAGGCUGGCCUUGUAUACAGGAAUUGUUUGGUAUGGAGUGGCUUCCACAUAUUAUGGGAUAAGCCUGAACGUCACAGGAUUUGGUCUGAACAUUUAUCUGACUCACUUCAUCUAUGCUGCGAUUGAAAUUCCAUCAAAAGUUUGCGUGUAUUUCUGCCUGGACAAACUGGGCAGAAGGUACUGCCAAGCGGGGGCAUUGAUUUUAACUGGCACUUGCAUUGCAGUAAAUAUCUUUUUGCCAAAGGAUUUGUGGCACUUCCGCACCGUUAUCGCCGUCCUUGGCAAAGGGUUGUCCGAGGCCUCCUUCACAACGGUGUUCCUGUACACAACGGAGCUGUACCCCACCGUCCUCAGGCAAAACGGCGUGGGCUACACCAACUUCAUGGCUCGCAUGGGCGGGUCCGUCGCUCCGCUUAUCCUGCUAUUGGAGGACGUGUGGAAGCCCCUCCCCCAGGUUAUUCUCUGUGUGGUGGCCAUGCUGUCUGGCUUUGUGGCAAUGUUGCUCCGUGAGACGCACCACACACGCCUGCCAGAGACCAUCGAGGACAUCGAGCAGACAAGGAAAUUAUCAGUGCAUGUUCCUGUCCAGGAGAUUGACACCCCUCUGAAGGCGAUACCCAGGGAAGUGAGCUGAGAUGCCCACAGGAAGUCAUUCAGGCAGCUUCCUGGGUCACAAAGUGGGCGGGGCCACUUGGGGGAGGAGGUGGCCGGAAGGAACCGGCCCCAGAUGUUUCUGUGACGCCUGUGUCACUUCGAGCUUGAUAAUACGAACUCCGCCAUCAAUCCCAACAAAUGACUCUUGCACAGUGACCCACAGGAUGUCACAUGAGAUGGGGACUUCAGAAAAGCCACACCGUCACCCUGUAAACCAUAAACAACAUCCAGUACAGUCAAUGCUUUGUGUCUAUUCCCAUAUCAAAGCAGUCGUGCUGCCCGGACAGACAGCAGAUGAAGGCAUUUGCGCUUCUCUCAUUCACAGUGCCCUUCAGAGCUGUUGCAAAACAUGUUGAAAUGUCAUUUAAUUAAAAGGUCUUUAAUAUUA